AGAGAGAGAGAGAGAGAGAGGUGAGUUGCCUAAGGAAGGGGGCGGAAAAAAAUAAAAUAAAAUAAAAGUAGAGAAAAAGUUGCCUGAAAACCCCCAAAAACUCAAUCGAUCUGUACUUUCGUCACGAAUUCCCAGUCGUAGGAUACUGGGGUUUCGGCGGAUCUGCGAAAUUCUGGAAGGACUGCUUUAAUCGUUUAAUAAGAUGUCUUCGUUAAGCAGAGAGCUUGUGUUUUUAAUUCUUCAAUUUCUAGACGAAGAGAAAUUUAAGGAAACUGUGCACAAAUUGGAGAAGGAAUCGAGUUUUUUCUUCAACAUUAGGUACUUCGAGGAGACGGUGACUAAUGGAGAAUGGGAUGAGGUGGAAAAGUAUUUGUCAGGGUUUACAAAGGUUGAUGACAACCGCUACUCCAUGAAAAUUUUCUUUGAGAUUCGAAAGCAGAAGUAUCUCGAAGCCCUCGACAAGGGUGAUCAUGCAAAGGCAGUGGAGAUUCUUAGGAAAGAUUUAAAAGUAUUUUCGACAUUCAACGAGGAUCUAUUCCCGGAAAUUGCCAUGCUAUUGACCCUGCAGAACUUCAGGGAAAAUGAUCAGCUUUCGAAGUAUGGCGAUACUAAGUCAGCUAGGGCUAUUAUGCUUGUUGAGUUGAAGAAAUUGAUUGAAGCAAAUCCACUCUUUCGUGAUAAGCUUCAGUUUCCCAGCUUAAAGAACUCAAGAUUGAGAACACUGAUAAAUCAGAGUUUAAAUUGGCAGCAUCAGCUUUGUAAGAAUCCAAAACCCAAUCCUGAUAUAAAAACUCUAUUUGUGGACCAUACUUGUGGGCAGCCAAAUGGUGCUCGGGCUCCAUCCCCUGUCACUAAUCAGUUGAUGGGUCCACUUCCUAAAGUUGGUGGUUUCCCACCAAUUGGACCUGGUCCGUUUCAGCAUGCUCCUGCUCCUUUGACGACCUCGCUUGCAGGAUGGAUGGUCAAUGCAAACUCUGUGCCACACCAAGCUGUUUCUGUGGGGCCUAUGGGCUUAACUCCCCCUAAUAAUGCUGCAUCUAUGAUGCUAAAGCGUCCUAGGACUCCUCCUACUAACAAUCCAGCACUGGACUAUCAAACUGCAGAUUCUGAACAUGUGUUGAAGAGAUCAAGAGCUUUUGGACUUCCAGAGGAGGUCAACAAGAUGCCUGUAAACAUAUUGCCAAUUGUGUAUCCGGGCCAGAGCCAUGCCCAUUCAUCGAAUUCUGCCGAUGACUUACCCAAGACUGUGGUGGCAAAUUUGAAUCAGAGUUCUGCUGUAAAGAGCAUGGAUUUUCACCCAGUGCAACAAACUCUACUUCUUGUGGGGACAAAUAUUGGUGAGAUAUCUGUCUGGGAAGUGAGUAGCGGGGAGAGGAUCGAAGUUAGAAAUUUUAAAGUGUGGGACCUUGGAGCUUGCACAAUGACACUUCAGGCUUCUAUGGUUAAUGAAUACACUGCAUCAGUGAACCGUGUCAUGUGGAGUCCUGAUGGAAAUCUUUUUGGUGUUGCAUACUCAAAGCACAUCGUUCACUUGUAUGCUUAUCAUGGAGGCAAUGAUUUAAGGAACCACCUUGAGAUUGAUGCCCAUGUUGGCGGUGUCAAUGAUCUUGCCUUUUCUCAUCCGAACAAGCAAUUGUGUGUUAUAACUUGUGGGGAGGACAAGGCAAUCAAGGUGUGGGAUGCAGUUACCGGUGUUAAGCAGUAUACUUUUGAGGGUCACGAGGCACCCGUCUAUUCCGUAUGCCCACAUUAUAAGGAAAAUAUUCAGUUCAUUUUUUCAACUGCUGUUGAUGGAAAGAUCAAGGCAUGGCUAUAUGAUAAUAUGGGUUCAAGAGUGGAUUAUGAUGCUCCAGGUCAUUCUUGUACUACUAUGGCCUACAGUGCUGAUGGGACAAGGCUAUUCUCCUGCGGAACGAGCAAAGAAGGUGAAUCAUUCAUUGUGGAGUGGAAUGAGAGUGAAGGGGCUGUAAAGAGGACAUAUCUUGGUCUGGGAAAACGGUCAGUGGGAGUGGUGCAAUUUGAUACAGCAAAAAAUCGCUUCUUAGUUGCUGGUGAUGAGUUCAAAAUUAAAUAUUGGGACAUGGACAAUGUUAACCUUAUGACUAGCAUUGAUGCUGAUGGUGGUUUACCGGCUUCCCCUUGCAUUCGGUUCAGUAAGGAAGGGACAUUAUUGGCUGUUUCAACUAGUGAGAAUGGUGUUAAAAUACUUGCAAAUACUGAAGGUAUUAGACAGAUGCGCUCCAUGGAAAAUCGUGCUGGAGCUUCUUCAAAGGCACCUAUUAUUGGCACAUUUGGUGCUUCUGGUUCAGCAGCGGGACCUAGCGUCGGCACAGAUAGAAAUUCACCCAUGGGUGCUAUGAUUUCAUUGAAUGGGGAUUCCAGGAACUUGCCAGAUGUAAAAUCCAGAAUUUCUGAGGAGAUGGAGAAAUCGAAGAUUUGGAAGCUUACUGAAAUUAGUGAACAAUCUCAACUUCGCUCCUUGAGGCUUCCUGAUAGUCUGCUGUCAGUGAGGAUUAUUCGGUUAAUUUACACAAAUUCCGGAAGCUCCAUCUUGGCAUUAGCAUAUAAUGCUGUCCACAAACUUUGGAAAUGGCAACGUAGUGAGAGGAAUGUUACUGGAAAGGCAACCGCUGCUGUGCCGCCACAACUUUGGCAACCUUCUAGUGGGAUCUUAAUGACCAAUGACAUAAGCGAGACAAACCUUGAAGAAGCUGUUCCUUGUUUCGCACUUUCGAAGAACGACUCUUAUGUUAUGUCAGCUUCUGGAGGAAAAAUUUCCCUAUUCAACAUGAUGACUUUUAAGACAAUGACAACUUUUAUGCCCCCUCCACCUGCUGCAACAUUUCUGGCUUUCCAUCCUCAAGACAAUAACGUCAUUGCUAUUGGCAUGGAGGACUCCUCCGUACAAAUCUACAACGUCCGCGUUGAUGAGGUGAAAACCAAGCUCAAAGGUCACCAGAAAAGAGUAACAGGCCUUGCGUUUUCCAAUGCUCUCAAUUGUCUUGUAUCUUCAGGAGCUGAUGCUCAGAUAUGUGUUUGGAGUCUAGAUGGAUGGGAAAAGAAGGCAAAUAAGUUCCUGCAGAUUCCUUCAGGUCGUUCAUCGAAUCCUCUUGCACAGACACGAGUUCAGUUUCAUCAGGAUCAGACUCAGUUUCUCGUUGUUCACGAGACUCAGUUAGCCAUAUACGAAGCUUCCAAACUUGAAUGCAUCAAGCAGUGGGCUCCACGGGAAUCGAGUUCUGUAAUUACGGAUGCUACAUACUCGUGCGACAGCCAAUCAAUUUACGCCAGCUUCGAUGAUGGCAGUGUGUGUCUCUUCAUCUCUGCAGGGCUAAGGCUGAGGUGUCGAAUCAGUCCAACAUCCUAUAUGCCUUCUAACCCAAGCUCGAGGGUCUAUCCAUUGGUCAUCACUGCUCACCCAACGGAGGCGAACCAGUUUGCAUUAGGGCUGACAGAUGGUGGGGUCCACGUGAUGGAGCCGUUGGAAGCUGAAGGAAAAUGGGGAACAGUACCUCCACAAGAAAACGGCACUGGUCCAAGCAUGAGCCAUGCUCCUGCUGCACAGGAUAAUUCCUCAAGGUAGCAACAGUAUAUCACUCAUGGAACUUUACAGAGCGCUGAGAAAAAAAGUUUCCGUCUAUUAGUGGUUGGGGUUUUAUCUUAGGUUGGCUUCGUAGCUUGUAAAAAAAGAAAUUGCAGAGUUGUGGUGCUUUAAUUAGAUGAAAGGGUGGUUUUUUUUUUUUUUUUUUUUUUUGUUUUUUUCCAGUUUGGAGAAAAAGAGACUGAAUGGAAAAUAUAGUUUUAUUUUUCUCGUAUGAUAGACGGAACUUAUAAAUAUCGGGAACCGUAUGUCUUCUUGUCGAAUGAUAUGAUAUAUUUAUGGGAUUAUUAUUACCUAAGUUAUGUUUCUGCUU